CGUAAGUAAAAAUCAGUUUGUACAAGAAUACAGUUGGAUAUUGACGUGUAUAAAGCCAAAUAUUACAACGUUUCAAAACAGUAAAUACAUUAUCAAAAGAGAUAACAGCGUAUAGUAUAGUUCCCGUUUAAUUAUUUUAAAGUGAGAAUUACUGAGUACAACACGCGUCACACAACAAGAGAACCAAAUAUGGACAAUAGCAACGAUAAUGUUAAAGUAUACACUGUGAAUAACAGAUUUAACGUGACAAAACACGAGAGCAAUGCUGAUGAACCGGAAAAAACGGUGGACGAGGGCGACAAGCUGGCUAAAGCGAUAGGAAGCUUCGGAUUAUGGCAAAUAUUGAUAUUCUUGUUGGCAACUGUACCGUCCAAGAUAUCGGGAAUUUGGGCACAACUCAGCAUCAUAUAUCUGGCGCCGAAGACGACUUUCGUUUGCGUCGAACGAGGGAACACCACGGAGGGUAUAUUGAACUCGACGUGUUACGAUGACUGUGUCAAAUAUGAGUAUUUCUCGAUUUUCGAGAGUAGCAUAAUCUCGGAAUGGGGUUUAAUUUGCGAGAGGGCCUGGCUCGCGAAUUUCACACAAACUAUGUACAUGUUUGGUGUCCUCGUUGGCAGUGUUAUGUUUGGAUUUAUCGCUGACCGAUAUGGUCGACGUCCAGGCAUAACAACUGCCGCGUUACUCCAGCUUUGCUGCAGCGCUGCUGUACCUUUCUGCCCCAACUAUUGGACCUUCACUGCGAUCAGAUUUAUCUUGGGCACCGCUACAGCAGGCCUUCUGGUUAUCUCAUUUGUCCUUGUGGUAGAAAUAGUCGGGCCCAGUAAGAGGGAAUUGGUGGCUUCUGUGUACCACAUACCGUUAUCGAUUGGAGAAAUGUUAAUGCCAGUAUUCGCUUACUAUUUAAGACGAUGGAACACAUACAGCAUUGGAUUAGCUAUACCCAAUUGUAUUUUCCUGACGUAUAUAUUCUUGAUGCCAGAGUCACCGAAAUGGCUAAUAUCCGUGGGCAGGUACGAUGAAGCGAGCGAAACCAUGAUCAAAGCAGCUGCAAGAAAUAAACUACCAACAGAGGGCAUGAGAGACGUAGUUGACAGUAUAGACUACGAAUGUAACGUAGACCGAGCGAGGAGGGAGGAGGAGAAAGCAUCAUACUGGGAUUUGAUCAGUGUGGCGUCUUUGAGGAUGAAGAACAUUUACUCUUGUGUCUCCUGGUUCAUCCUGGGAGUGAGCUUCUAUGGCGGUAAUCAGUACGUGGGCCAGACCAGUUCUGAUCCAUUUCUGAGUGUCGGCCUGGCGGCUGGGUUUCAAAUACCAGGAAUAAUAAUAAGUGGUUACAGCUACAAGAGAUUCGGUAGACGCAGCACGUCUAUUGUUUUCUUCUGCGUGUGCGCUCUCAGCAACGCUGUGCUGGCGCUGCCCGAGAGCUGGCAUUACGUAAAGCUGGUCUGCGGUGCUAUAGCCGUAGCCUGCGCCGCUGGCGCUUUUAGUACCAUGUACAUAUUCACAUCGGAAUUAUUCCCGACUGUGGCGCGCAACAUGGCUAUGGGUGCAUCGUCCACUUGUUCCAGACUCGGCUCUAUGAUCGCUCCGUUCAUCGCUGGUUACCGGGGCGCCGUCUGGCUCCCCCCCACUGUCUUCAGCCUUGCACCGCUGCUGGCCGUUGUAGCAUGCAUAUGCCUCCCAGAAACAAAGGGGAGGAAAAUGGCCGACCAUAUAGAUCAAUGCUAGCGUUUAUUCUUGUCUGUGCUAGUUUUAAUAUUUUUUUUUUACCCAACUGACAAAGAAACGUGGGUAAUGUUGUUCGAGCCUAUGUAUGUAUGGUUCACAUGUAGUUUACAUGGUUUAAUGUAUUUUAUUUAAUAAUUGCGACACGAUUUGUUAUGAGUAUGGAAGUACUAUAGGCUACAUGACGAUAUUAUAGUUUAUGAAUGUUCCAUACAAAUGUAUUCGUUAGGAAAAAACUCAUCAAAAUUUGUGGAUUGGCGUGUAUGUUUCCUAAUUCGUAAUACACCUAAGCCUUCGAAUUGAAAAGAUUUUAUUUUGAAAAUUUGGUGGUUAUGCGUUAUAAAAGAAAAAAGCGGAAAAUGUAACAGAAAUUAAAUGUUCAGUACACAUUGCGUAGAGGCUCUGUACCUCCACAUUCCAAUAUAAAAACCUUCCUCUUUAUAAUUUUACUUUGAUAUCUGGCACAAAAUUAAUUUAGAAUUCAUAUUUUCAACGUUGAGAGUACGUGGCAAGAUCGCUAAAUAACUGUCAAACAUGUUCGAUUUCCCAAUUGUAUUGCUUUCGUUUACACGCGUACUUCAUACAAUUUAUUGAUAAACGUCUCAACCUAAGAGCAAGGAAUUACAUAGAAGGAAUGAUAAAAUAAAAACUGUAAAUAAUAUAAUUGCCUCCUUUCUUCUUAUGCAAAUAUAAUUAGUAAAAAGAGAACGAAAAAUACACCAUCAGUUGCUAUUUUGUUUGCUAAAAUGUUUGAUAAGUCAAUAAUUUGUUAAUGACAAAUUUUACAUUACUAGAUUAUAUAUUCGACACAGUUUAUGUAGAAAGUAUGCAAGCAGAUUGUAUCUAAAUUUGGUAGGGUUAUACGGCCGUAUAACAUUUUCUAUACACUAGCCUGCUAUGAAUUGACAAUUUUAUCACUCCUUCUAUGGAAUUCCUUGUUCUUAAAUCUUAAAAAUCACUAUGAAUGGUAAUUUCUUAUUUUACAGCUUUUGCAGUAUUUUACACACUUUUACACCGUUUUUUCAUGCUCGUUUUUACAUUUACGUCACGUGUGAUGAUGUAACGUGACACGUAAAGGAGAACCGAAAACAUUUUUGCGCCAAUAAAAUACUUUUAUAUUCGCAUUAUUUCUUCUUCUAUUUUAACACAAUCUUUUAUAUUGUCUUUUUCCAUUUUUUUUUAAACAAAACUUAACAGCAUCUCGCAGUCAUGUUGAAUGAAUCUAAAAAUUUUUGUCGCUUUUUGACCCAUAUUUUUCGUUGUGAAAAAUGUUCAGUUUCUUUAAUAAAAGACUUCCUUUAAAAAAAAAAGUUAAUUACCCGUAUUCCCAUUUCAGCGUGUAGUGCUCGAGGCAUUUACAAGUGCUGCUGGCACAAUGGGUGCUUCACUUGCUUUAUACGGUACCGAGUUAUAAAUUUUGUUUUGAUUCAUGUGGUUGUGUUUUAUUAUUUGUGGUGCAAUGGUGGACACAUUGUCUUGUAUAAAGGAGGUUUCGGGUUCGAUUCCCGGUCUAAUUUAGGAAAUGAACUUUCUGAAUUUGUACGAGUGUGGGUAUUCUGAGUUGUGGCCUCAGUUUUUGUUGUCCGAUUCCCCAUAACACAAAGUAUCCUGGCUUGAGGAGCAGGUGAUUGGUGAAGUUGUUUGGUACUGAUUGAUGAGCAAGAGGUCAUAGCCUCUUGCUUUUUAUAAGGUUUGGAGUCAUACAUUUUAUUUUGAACCAUAUGGUUGUGUUUUGUGAUAUAGUAAUUUACGCCAAUCUUUUUACAAAUUUUCAAAAACUUGACAGGAUUGUGUCAUAUGAUUACACCGGUCUAUUUUGUCUAUGCUUUUAAUGCCAAAUUACAGGGCAGCUCAAUUUAAUGUGUAAAAUUGUCAGGUUUUAAACCAUUAUAAUCAAUCUCCAGUUGGACGAUUGGAUUCGAAUGUUCCCAAAAAAAUCCUUAAAAAGGUUUGAAAUUCUAGAACUAUAUUGACUACUGAUCUUCUACAGGACAGGUGACUGGUUAAAAACCAGUGAAUUUUUUUGUAAUCUCCAUUAUAUAUAUAGAGAGAGAUGUUUCUCAUAACACAGGGUAUCAAGAUACGAACUGUUCGUAUUUUCUAUACUUUUUUAAAAUGGCGUCACUGUAUUGCAUUAUUUUAUAUGACUAUAAAUCUAGCAAUUCUGUCUUUCAAUAAAUUGGAAAGAAAUUUUGGGUUUUUUUUUUUAUUAUGAUUGUAUUUAAACAUAAAAAAAUAGUUACGUUUACUUAAUGGUCCUUCGAGCCGGAUUUAUAGUGAUAUUUUAUAAAAUAACGCAACACAGUUAUUAAUAUAAUAAGAAAAAAUAUAUUAAGAUAUUAUCUAAGUAUUUAACGCACGGUUGUCUAGUUUAAAGGCCAAUAGUGCAAUUGUGUGAAGUAGCGAGGAAGGGUGAACACGUCCUUCUCAUAGGAAGGAUCCUGCCUUAGCAAUGUAUUUGCGUCUUAUUUCUUAGCACUGGUCUCUUCCCAUAGGAGUAGGGUAUUAGUCCUUAAUAAAAGAUAAUUGUCCUUAUUCAAUUAUAGUUAAUAAAAAAUAGCAUAAUUAAUAAAAAAAAUAAAAUAACGAAAGAGCACCAUAUAUGUAUGUUACUGUGAGUUCUGAAGAAUGAUAAUUAUACGCAAUCAACUUGUUCAUGCCCAAAAACAAGAUGAAUCCCAAAAACAAUGUAUAAUAAGACGAAUAAAAUAAUUAUUUUACAAA